GUAUCAAACACUUCACAUCACUAUAUAUUUGUUACAUAAGUGGUAUUCCAUUUAUUGAUCGGAUUUAUUGUUGAAUGUGUAACAUAGUUCAAAAUCUUUGUGUUCAUGAUGACAGAAUUUGAGUAUGAUGCCUUUGUGGUGUAUAAUCCCUAUGGAAAAGACCAGGAAUUCGUCAGUCUUAUGACCAGAGUACUUUCAUCUCCUCCCUACAACCUCAGGCUUUAUGUACCAUGGACAGAUGAUGCAGACGAUUGUUUUGAAGCCGUGGCUACUGCAGAAAAUCUAGAGAAAAGGUGUAAGAAAGUACUGGUUGUGAUUUCAGCAGCAUCUCUGGAGAGUGACCUAUUCCAUUUUCAACUUAAACUUGCCCACUCCAUGUCACCAGGUGCUCGGAGCAGAAAAGUCAUACCUAUUCGAUUGGAUGCAAUAGAAGUUCCGGCGGUGAUUCGGUUCACCACGUCAUGUGAUUAUUACAAGAAAGAACUUCGAGUGUUUGUGUGGGACAGGCUCCAUGCUGCUUUUAUGGACAGUGAUUACGCAUUCAAAUCGAGAGUAUCAAAGUCGGUGUCCCUUCCAGAGAAACGAAAGCUUCCCGAUCUAAUUCCGACUUCGUCUCCGUUGAAGCGUGUUCGGUCUUGGUGGAGGCUGAAAGCAUCUGUGGCAUGAUAUAAACAUCACGAGAUCAAUUAGUAAUAAUUAGGUUGUGGUAAGAGAAAUAAUACACGAUGAUAUAUAUGAACUUUUUUCUGAUUUUUAAUUCCUUUGGGCACCAAGCUUUUAUGUGAUAACUUGUCUGAAGUAUUUUAACUUUGAAAUAUAUCCCUGUACAUACACCAGUCAUGCUGUGAUAUUUCAUGCACAUAAUUGAAACACUUGCAAAUGUUCAGCAAUUGCGGGUCUAGUUUCCUUUUACAUUUGUUUCGUUUUGAAUAAAUAUGAAUUUUA